AUGGUCUCCCACCCCGAAGUUGCGCCUGCCCCGUCGCGACGCGCCCCGUCAGUGUCCUCCCGGACGUCCCGCUCCCGGCAUCACCAUCGCGGUCAUAGCCACCAUGGCGGCUCCAACCACACCUCGCAGAACGAGUUUCCGUUCUUUGCGCUUACUGGGGAUGUUGAGAUCGUCAUCGCGUGCGAUGCGCAAGAGAAGAGAUACCUCCUGCACAGACUCAUCCUCGGCCAGUUCUCUGGUUUCUUCGAGGCGGGUAUGAGUGAGGAGUGGUCACGAAGUCACGCGUUGGCUCCCCUGUCGCAGCCACCUCCACAAGGUGCGCUGACGGUGAUCGGAGAAGAGGCGCCAGAAACGGUCCGACAGCCACCGCUCGUAAGACCGGAUCAGAUGCAAGCGCCGGGCAGGAAAAGGUGGAGGUACGAGCUGGACUGGGCCAACCUGGAGGAAGACGAGGAGCCCAUGCUCAUUCAGAAGCCACCAUCCGGCGGACUAUUCACCGCCUCGUUCCAGCCAUCAGCGGCACCUCGAGCUCGGCCGCCGACGAAUCAGUCUUUCUUCCGCUCAGUUGCCAACUUAACAUUGGGACAUCAUGGAGUACCACAGUCUUCAGCAGAGCCGGUCGAUCCAGCUUUGCAUAUACCCCUAAUUCGAGACUACGACAAUCUAUUUCGCAUCUUUUACAACUUCGCUCCGGUCCUCAACUCCACCAACAUCGCUGCCGCAUAUUCGGAAUGCAAGUCUCUGCUAUCGUUGGCAGACAUGUACGAUGCUCUCCCAGUCGUUGGCCCUCGCAUCGAUCACCAUCUGCUACGCUUCGGUUCUCGACUCUUUAAACAAAUUGCCAAGUACCCACCCUCAUAUCUCAAGCUUGGAUAUCUGUCCCGAAGCCGCAUCAUCUUCUCGGAAGCUCUGACACACGUAGUUGGUCAGUGGCCCUCAGCAUAUCCGUACUUAAAGCCUCCAGAUCAGACAGGCGGCGGUUACGAGGUGCCUCAGUCUGUCAUUGAUCUUAUCGAGGACAAAGUCGACGAACUUGAAGAGCUCAAGCAGAAAGUGGAAGCUAAGCUUUUCCGCCUGACUAUUACCACUUCUCGCGGCGAACGUGUCAACCCCAGCAAUGACUACCUGGGGUGGUUAGCGAUGAGCCUGUUCCGUCAAUGGGUGGCCGAGAACACCACACCAGAAGUACGCGGCAUCUUGAAGAAUAGUCCUGGCUCCCGACCUGGUAGCGGGAAUGCAAAUCCUGGACAACCUCCGCCACCUCCAACGUUGUCGCCAUCGAGAAUAUACCGCCUAAUUGCGUCUACAAAUUCUCAGUCAUAUCUAGCGAAUGACGAGCUCAGACGCUUCCUGAAGUGUCAACCUCACUCAUCACGUAAUGAGUCACUAUACUCCAAGGACAACCUUCGCAGAUUUGAGCGGAGAAUGGAGGAGAUUAAGAACAUUGCCAGAGACAUGGUGAAGCCGCUAACGCGCAAUUGCCUCGAGCUGGACUUGAGACUGUUAAGUGACGGCGGCGGUGGUGGGUUAGGGUAUUUGACCUGUAUGCGUUGUGAAGAGGAUGAAAUACCCUGGGACUAA